ACUCUCGCUCCAGAUCUCACGAGAGUCGGAUUAUCGAAGAAGUGUUUGGAGUUCUAGACUUGCGUUCUAGAAUGCGCAGCAGCACCAUAUAAAACACCAUCUAAAAGAAACGAAUUUCUCAUGGCAGUUGUUUAAACAAUGUAGGCAAUAAAAGAAACCACCACCUUGUUUUUUUAUUCAGACACACGUUAAGGCAAGCAGGAGAAAAAUACGUUCUCCCUGUAUGGGCAAUUUCUGCUGCUGUGUGCAGCUUUGAUACUCGGGAACACAGCAUACACAAUCGGGGACAUGGGACCGUGAAAGUAUGGCGGAUGCCGAGGAGCCGGAGAAGAAAAGAAGGCGAAUAGAGGACCUGACUGAGAAAAUGGCUGUAGAUGGUGGACAUAGGGACGGUGGUUGCGACUGGGACGGCCGGUGGAAUCAUGUGAGGAAGUUUUUGGAGAGACCUGGCCCGUUCACCCAUCCUGACUUUGAGCCAAGCACUGAGUCUCUACAGUUCUUGUUGGAGACAUGCAAGAUUCUGGUAAUAGGUGCUGGAGGACUUGGAUGUGAGCUCCUCAAAAACCUGGCCCUGUCUGGAUUUCGCCUUAUUCAUGUGGUUGACAUGGACACGAUUGACGUGUCCAACCUCAACAGGCAGUUUCUUUUCCGAUCCAAAGAUGUUGGACGACCAAAGGCAGAAGUUGCUGCCGACUUCAUCAACAGUCGUAUCCCUGGAUGUAAAGUGGUCCCUCACUUUAAGAAGAUCCAAGACUUUGAUGACUCUUUCUACAGGCAGUUCCACAUCAUCGUCUGUGGACUGGACUCCAUCAUUGCCAGACGCUGGAUGAACGGGAUGCUGAUAUCCCUCCUAAGCUAUGAAGACGGCGUCCUCGACCCCAGCUCCAUCAUUCCUCUCAUUGAUGGAGGAACGGAGGGCUUAAAAGGAAACGCUCGUGUCAUUCUGCCCGGCAUGACUGCAUGCAUCGACUGCACAUUGGAGCUGUACCCACCACAGAUUAAUUUCCCCAUGUGCACCAUUGCGUCAAUGCCUAGGCUACCAGAACAUUGCAUUGAAUAUGCCAGAAUCUUACAGUGGCCCAAAGAAAAGCCAUUUGGAGAUACCAGCUUAGAUGGAGACAACCCAGAGCACAUCCAGUGGGUGUUUGAAAGAGCCCAAGAAAGAGCUGCAGAGUUUAACAUUACAGGAGUGACAUACAGACUCACUCAAGGAGUUGUGAAGAGGAUCAUUCCUGCUGUGGCAUCAACUAAUGCUGUUAUUGCUGCUGCCUGUGCCACGGAGGUUUUUAAGAUUGCUACAAGUGCGUAUAUUCCUUUAAACAAUUACAUGGUCUUCAAUGACGUGGAUGGACUGUACACCUACACUUUUGAAGCUGAACGAAAGGAAAAUUGUUCAGCAUGCAGCCAGGUGCCUCAGGAUCUUCAGUUCUCUCCUUCUGCCAAAUUACAGGAGGUUUUGGAGUACCUUACAGAGAACGCCUCACUACAAAUGAAAUCCCCGGCUAUAACCACAACUCUGGAAGGGAAGAAUAAGACACUGUAUUUGCAGUCGGUAAAGUCCAUCGAGGAACGAACCAGGCCAAACCUCUGUAAAACACUGAAAGAGCUGGGCUUGUCAGAUGGACAGGAACUGGCUGUGGCUGACGUCACCACGCCUCAGACGGUUCUCUUCAAGCUCAAUUUCACCACCUGAACGAUCCCUACAGCACUCAGCAGAACGAUCCCUACAGCACUCAACAGAACGAUCCCUACAGCACUCAACACUGGCGACAGAUGGACUGCAUCCCAAUGCAGUAGCACAACUGCUGAUGUAAAUAAUACGAGUGAGGUCUCACUUGUGGGAUUGGUUUGGUUGUCAUAUUAAGAUGGACUCAUUUCUCAUUAAGCAUUGUUUUUUCUAUUAGUAUGUUGUUUACUUCUUGAUGUAUUUGUCCUGUUUUGACUUAUUAUAUUGUAGCUAUUUCCCUGUCAAUCAAAGGAGAAUAAUGAUGUGCACUGUAUACUCUAAUAAAGUUGUAUUAUCAUGGUUGUAGAGGAA